CGUGGAUGAAUCUCUUCUAAACCCGAGCCAAUAUUUUAUCUCCCUCCAAACAGCAGCAGUAAAGGAACAUUUAAAGAAAAGGUGAUCAACAGUCUCCAAAUGUUUCUUACAGAAGCAGCAAGAUCUAUCCAUUUCCACAUAUGAUAGGUUGUCACAGGUUGCAAGUCUAUUUCUAAGGCCCAACCAAAGAAUGAAUGAGUACUUUGGUGGAAUAUAGUUCUUCCAAAUUAGGUUCAUCCAAGGUUUACUAUGACUUUUUACCCUUAAAAUGUCAUAUACCUUACCAGAUUGCAGACUGCCUUGAUAACAAAGAGGAUUCAAUUUCUGCACGAUGGUUCCAUUUUGCCCUUCCAGUAAUGUGAUUAAUGUAUCCCUGGUCUUAAUCAGCUUGUUGAACAAAGGAGAAACACCAGAUGGAGGUGUCCACUCCCAUAUAGAGCAUCCUUUGAGAUAUACACUAUGGAUCCAUUUGACCCAAAGUGUAUCUUUUUUACAGUGAAUGUUCCAACGUGUCUUCGACAGUAAAGCUGAAUUCCAAAUUUUACAGUCCUUCAAUCCCAGACCACCCUCCUCUUUAGGCUUACAGACAUCAACCCAUGCCACUUUUGCAUUUGGCCCACCCCACAGAAACUGUCUACAGUGAGAUGUGAUCUUUUCAAUAACCGCCACAGGAAUUGGAAAUACUUGAAUCCAAUAGGAUUGAAUACCUUGGAUAACCGCUCUAAUUAGCUCCAAUCUACCUGCAUAGCUCAUAUUCUUGGUUUUCCACUUCAGCGUAAACUUUUCAAUCUUCUCAAUUAGUGGAGAGUAUUGAGCUAUUGAUACCCUAAGGGGAGCUAGGGGUACCCCCAGAUAUCUUACUGGGAAAGCUCCUUCGGGAAAUCCCACAACAUUAAGGAUGAUCUCUUUCUCCAGAUUGUUAACCCCUGCUAAAAAGAUGUUAGAUUUAGUAACGUUAAUGCCAAGGCCAGAGACUUCAUGGAAGUCUUCCAUACACUUCAUAAGAAUCUGGACAGAUUUUACAUCACCCCUUGAAUAGAGCAUGAGAUCAUCUGCAAAAAUCAGGUGAGAAAUUUUCAUCUUGCUACAUUUCGGGUGAAAAUUGAAAUCUGGAGUAGCGGUUCUCAUAUCCAAUAACCUUGAUAAGUACUCCAUACAAAAUAAGAAAAGUGUCGGGGACAUUGGGUCUCCCUGCCUCAAUCCCCUCUUUCCCUUAAAAAAACCAUGCAUUCCACCAUUUAUUGAUAUAGAGUAGGUGGGUGUGCUACUACACUCCCAUAUCCACCCAAUGAACCUCUGGGGUACACCCAAAUGUUGUAAGAUAGCUCUCAGAAACUUCCAAUUGAUUGUGUCAUAAGCCUUCUUCAAGUCAACUUUCAGUAAGCACCUCGGAGAUAUUGACUUCCGAGAGUAACCUCUAACUAGCUCUUGUGCCAGAAGUAUGUUGUCGGUGAUUCCCCUCCCCUCAACAAAUGCACUUUGGGAUGGGUUGAUGAUAUCAUCCAAUAUAGGUCCCAUUCUUCUUGCCAAUAUUUUUGAUAUCACUUUAUAAAUGACAUUAGUGCAUGAGAUUGGCCUGAAAUCAGCAGUGGAUGGAUUGUGGGAAGUCUUAGGAAUUAGGGCCAAUGAAGUAUGGUUGAUUUGUUUUAAGAGCUUCCCAUGUGAAAAGAACUCAAGCACAGCUCCUGUAACCUCACUGCCAACUAAUUCCCAAUUAUGUUUGAAAAACCCUGAAGAGUAUCCAUCAGGCCCAGGCGCCCUAUCCUCCCCAAUUUCAAAUAUUGCAUUUUUCACUUCCUGUGGAGUCACUGGAAUCAUUAAUCUUUCUGCCGUCUCCUGAUCAAUUAACCUCCCAUUCUUCACUACCCUGUCAUCAAUAGGUCUGCAGGGGUAAUCAGUACCCAAGAUGCCUUCAAAAUAUGUAGUGAAUACCUGGAUAACCUCUUUGUGGGAAGUAGUCAUUUGUCCAUUAUCCUUCUUCACAGCUGCAAUACAAUUUCUUGCUGUAUUACGCUUUGCUAUGGCAUGGAAGUAUUUAGAGCACCUGUCAGCUUCCAUAAGGUGUGUGACCUUCGCUUUUUGCUGGAAGAAGGAAAUUUCAGCUUUAGAGAGAAAUGCAGCAUUUUUCCUUGCCUGUUUGACUUCUUCAAGAAGGGCCUGGUUAUUCGGAUCCUCCGUGAGCAACCUUUGACAGUGUUUGAAUCUUUCUUUAGCUUCCUUAGUUCUAACAGAAAUGUGUGCAAAGUUUGCUUGGUUUAAACAUUUGAGUGGUCCUUUGAGAAGUUUCAGUUUAUUGCAGACUUUAUAUUGAAAAUAUCCUCCAAUUUCUGCCUCCCAUAUGUCUUUCACAACUUUUUUAAAGCUUGGAUGCUGCAUCCACAUAUUGAAGAAUUUAAAAGGUUUGUGUCCGAUAUUGUUGAGAAUAUGGCUCAAUAUGCUCCCCUUUUGGAGACGGUUAAUGAUUUUCUAAAAACUUGGAAUACUAAGACUAUUUCCUAUGCUGGUAAGCUUGAGCUAAUUCGGUCUGUGAUCCAAGGGGUCCAAUCAUUUUGGCUCCAGGUCUUCCCGGUUCCCAUUACUAUUUUGGAUAGGAUUGUUUCGAUCUGUCGUAUCUUUCUAUGGGGUGGUAAGUAUGCCAAGGUGGCCUGGGAUGACAUCUGUCUCCCUAAAGAGGAAGGGGGUCUGGGCAUUCAUAAUGCCAAGGUGUGGAAUCACGCCCUCCUCGCUCGCACCCUUUGGGACGUCCACAUGAAGAAAGACACCCUUUGGGUGAGGUGGGUGAACGGGGUCUACCUUAAGUGUAGGACCGUGUGGGACUUUGUCCCACACACCCGGGACUCACAGCUCAUGAAGCGGUUGAGUCUCAUUCGGGAUAAGAUUCGGAGUUGCUUUAAUAAUUUGAAUGAUACUAUCUUAGGCCUUAAAUCUCGUACCACUAAUGGAAAAUUAGCCUCCGCUAAGAUCUAUGAAUUGUUAAGAGUCAAGGGUGAAGUUAGGACUCCUAUGAGUUUCAUAUGGAAAUCCUACAUCCCCCCAAAACUCUCUUUUAACGUGUGGUUGGCCUUGAGAAACCGACUUCCUACCCAGGAUAGCCUUGGUUAUCUCCACAUUGUAAACAGGUGUGACUUAUGCAAGGGUGGUUUGGAGACAAUACCACACCUCUUUUUCCUAUGCCCAUUUACGUGUAGGAUAUGGCAGCAGAUAAGGAAUUGGAUGGGACUCGGGCAUGAUAUGACAACGUUGCUAAGUGCAAUUAAGUGGAUCACGAAGACUCAUAGAGGAUCGAAUAUGAAGGCAAAGGCUGCUCGUAUUGCUUUUUGUGCGACAGUUUACUACAUUUGGCAUGCAAGGAACGAAGUUAGAUUUGAUGAUGGCAAGAAGACGGAGGAGGACAUUAUAGCAAAGAUCAAACACGUGGUUUACAAGAUACUCUUUAGUAUCUACCCGCAUGAGUUGGUCACCUUUUGACAUGGACGCUUUGAAGCCUCGGCUUUUAUGGAUUUGUGGAUCUGUGUGCGUGCAGUCUUGCAACAUCGAUUUGUUUUUGACGUGUUGGGGCAUUUAGUAUUGUAUACUUAGGCCCCAGUUUUGAUUUUGACUUUGGGAUUAGAUCAAAUAAAAACCUCUCCUAAUCCCUACAUUAGGUAGGGGUGGGGGGCUUUAGGAGAUCUUGAACCUUUUGAUGUAUAUUUUCUUGGGUGUUAAUAUAUAUUUACAUUUCAUCCAA